AGGGAGUGAAUGAGUUCUGUGUGUGUGUGUUUGUAUGUGUGUGUUGCACACACACACACACACACAUACACACACAUUUGUGAGGCACAUAUGCUCGCUCUCACGCCAGGGCUGUUCUGAGCCAGGAAAUCCGAUGGCCAGAAGGUUGUCUCCACCUCUUUCCAGGGCAGACACGCCGACGAGAGAGAGAAGGAAGGAGUGAAGCGGUCCGAGAGGCAGCAGCGGGUGAAUGAACGCGGCUGUCUUCUGUUCCAGCCUGAGCAUCCAACUUUUUGCAAAUCUUGAUCAUGGAGAGGCCCUCAAAGGGAGUGUCUUUCCUUCUGCUCCUCUGUUGGCUGAGGGUUUCCUGGGAGGCCCGUCUUCCCCGCCCUCUCACCUCUUCCAAUGCGACCAUCUUCUCCCACGUCUACACAAUUAAGGUGGCAGGAGAAGACCCGCCAGACGAAGACACCUCCCCGCCUCCCCAAGAGGCCUUAGGCCCUCCUGGGUCUUCUCGUGGAGGGGGCCAGUAUGAGCACACCCUGGAAGGAUCUGAUCAGGAGCACGUGGUGUUCACCCAUCGCAUCAACCUCCCACCGCAGUCUUGUGGGUGUCCACCUGGCACCGAAGAUACCCGGGAGCUCUGGAGAAGGCUGCAGGCCCUUGAGAGUGAAGUGCGGGUCCUACAGGAAACCUGCCAAGCUGGGGGAGGCUGUUGCCCUGCUGCUGCGUCCACCAGUAGUCAAGCCAGCGAAGGCCAAACAGACAUCCGCACAUUAUGUUCGCACCAUGGAUCCUUUGACCUCUCUCGCUGCCUGUGUGAAUGCGAGUCAGGUUGGGGCGGUCCCACCUGCGCCGAGCCGGUCUGCUCCGGAGGCUGCGGGGGCGCAGAACGGGGCAGUUGUGUGAACGGGCACUGCCAAUGCCAGCCUGGCUACUCAGGGGUCAGCUGCGAAGAGCCACCCUCUUGCCCCGAUGACUGCAAUGACCAAGGGCGCUGUGUGGAGGGCCACUGCACCUGCUUCCCAGGAUAUGUGGGGCCCUCCUGCUCUGACCCAGUUUGCCCCCAGAACUGCCACGGACAUGGCCAGUGCAUCUCAGGAGGAUGCGUGUGCAACCCGGGUUACACUGGUACUGAUUGUGCAACCCGAGCUUGCCCUAGCAACUGCAACAGGCGUGGAGAAUGCCGCAAUGGACGCUGUAUGUGCGAGCCAGGCUUCACUGGGCCAGCCUGCGGCACCAAGGCUUGCCCCAACGAUUGUAACCACAGAGGCCACUGUCUGCAAGGAGGGGUGUGUUCCUGCCACCCAGAUUACACCGGCCCCGACUGCGGUCAGCUGGCAUGUCUGGGGCACUGCAGUGGUCACGGAGAAUGUCAGAAUGGAACAUGCGUGUGCAACAGUGGCUAUUCGGGCGAGGACUGUUCAGUAGAGAUUCCAUCCAUUGGUGUCCGUGUCUCAAAUCGAGAUGAAACCUCUUUCCGCCUGGAGUGGAACUACCCCGAGAUUUCUGUGGACGGAUAUGAGAUCCACGUGGCACCCACGAAGAAUCCUCGGGCAGGUGAAUCCACACACCUGUCUGGCACCGAAAGGAUCUUUGAAUACAAAGGAUUGAAACCGGGGGAGGAAUACACAGUCACCGUUCGGGUAGAAAAAGGGCAACACUACGGACCCCCUGUCACCCAGACCGUGCGUACGCGAGUAGCCCCUCCCAGUGGCCUGCACUCAUCACAAGUGUCUGAAAACUCCCUGACCUUGCAAUGGGAACCACCUACCUCUCGCCCUGAUGGCUACGUCCUCAGCUAUGUCCCUCUGGCUCCCACUCGACCCAUCCAAGCCAUGAAACGUGUAGAGCUUCCAGCAGUCCCUGAGCGUGUUACCUUGGAAGACCUGGAGAGCAGAACGCGAUACCGCAUCACCUUGGUUGCCCGCCAGAGUGGCGAGAACAGCCGAGCCACCAGCAUUGUGGUCAGCACCUCAGCACCAGCUCCAAUUCAGCCAAGUCGCCACCACUUGACACCAACCCCCUCUUCCCAUAAAAAGCCAGACACUUUCUCUUCUGAGCCUGAAGAGAAGAAACCUGGCACUAAACCACAUCCGGGUCGCCGCCCAACGAACACCACCUUGCUGACUAAGGAGCACUUCCUGAAGAGAAUGACCCAGAAUAUCUCAUCCAAACUGUCCCCCUACAACGGGACUCUCCUUGAGCGGCUCGAGAGCUAUCUCCGGGCCAUCAGAUUCCCUCUCCGAGGCAACCAGACAAUCCAGAGCGUGGCCAGGGACAUCUACCUCUACCUCAAGCGUGCAAAGCCAAUUGAGUUUCAAGAGAGGGUUGAAGAACGUCUUGUCCAAGAAACCAGCAACUUGCCGGUGAAAAGGGAAUUCCCAGUAACCGAAACAGAGAGCGUCUACUCAGAGGGAUACCUCCGUCCAGACCACGCCAAGCCAACCGUGGUGGACAGCUCCCCCGAUCACAUUGAGGUGUCUUUGGACAGCGUGAGGGGGGUUUCUGACCACGUGGUCAUCCGCUACCGAAACAUGGUGACUGGAGAAAUAAAGGAGUUAGUGGUGCCUGGAGAUGCGUCUACAGCCAUCAUCACCAGAUUGUCACCCGGAACAACCUACCUGAUAGAAAUCCAUGGGGUCAUGAAAGGACAUUCCUCUAAGUCAUAUUCCUUUAUAACUGCCACAGCUCCAAGUUCACCAACGAAUGACAAGAUCCGAACCAACACCCCACCCAUCUUAACUCCACUGAAGAACCUACAAGUGACCGAAAUCUCUCCGAACCAGCUCCGUGUAACCUGGUCAGCCCCGCCCAACUUCUUCCACAAUUUUUCCCUCUACUAUAGGGACCCCAAAUCUGGGGCACCUCCAGAAAAAAUCAGCAUUCCAGGAACAGAGAGAAGUGUCGACCUAAUGGAUUUGCACCCUGGGACAGAGUAUGAAAUAGAGUUACAUGGAGAGAGAGCUGGUGGAAGCUACAGCGCCCCCUUCUCCACAAAAAUGAUUACAGCAGUAGAACCGGAAGAGCCCAGGCUGGGAGAUUUCUCUCUUUUAGAUGUCACAGACACUUCAGUUCACCUUUCCUGGGAUGCCCCCACUGGGCCUUUUGACUCCUUUGUGAUCCAAUAUAAGGAUGCCGAGGGCAAGCCCAAGGUGCUCCGAAUGGACAAGAACACCCGAGAAGCCACGAUUUCUAACUUGGUGCCCUCCCGAAAAUACCGAUUCAACUUUUACGUUCUCCUAGGCCGUAAGCCCUUUGGCCCCGUGUCCUUGGAGGUAGUCCCAGGCUCCAGUAGCACUUUUAAAGACGUUUCUGCCACUGUCACUAGCAAUUCUGCCCACUUGUCCUGGACAGUCUUCUCUGGGACCUUUGAUUCCUUUUUGAUUCAAUAUAAAGAUGCUGAAGGCAGACUCCGAGAGCUGUCCACCGAGGGGGAUUCUCAUGAAAUCACCAUCCCUGACCUGGCUCCUUCCCACAGAUACACAAUAGAUCUCUAUGGCAUCUCCAACCAGAGACGUCUAGGUCCUGCCUCUAUCACUUUCAUCACAGGUUCACAGGAAGACGUGACCGUCCACAAAACCAUCCUCAGUGAUCUGGCUGUCUCAGAGGUGACCAGCAACUCUGUCCAUCUUACAUGGAGAGUGCCAACCGGCAGAUUUGAUUCCUUUUUACUCCAGUAUCAAGACUCGGAAGGCAGUGAUCAAGCCCUGCCUAUGGACGGAGAUUCCCGUGAAGCCAUCAUUCCCAAUUUGGUUCACUCCCAAAGAUACAGAUUCAACCUCUACGGCAUCUUGGGGACACAGCGCUUUGGACCUAUCUUUGCAGACGCUGUGACAGCUGCAGUUCAGGAACCCAAAAAGGAGAAACCAGAUGAGACGAUAGCGAUUAAGCCCAGCCUGGGCGAGUUCUCAGUCCUUGACGUCACGAGCAAUUCUGUCCGUCUUUAUUGGACCGUCCCCACUGGGAGCUUUGACUCCUUCCUGAUCCAGUACAAGGAUGCAGAUGGCCAACCCCAAGCACUGCCUGUGGAGGGAAGCUUCAAUGAAGUCACUGUGACCAACCUGGCUCCUUCUCGCAGAUACAAGUUCAACCUCUAUGGAAUCUCUGGACGCAAGCAUUCCACCCCGCUUUCCACUGAUGCCACCACAGCCCACAUAAGAGGUUCAGGGGAACCAAUUCCUGUUCAACCCAGCCUAGGAGAUUUCUCCAUCCUUGAUGUCACGAAUGAUUCUGUCCGACUCCAUUGGACCGUCUCCACUGGGAGUUUUGACUCCUUUCUGAUCCAAUACAAGGAUGCAGAUGGGCAACCCCAAAUGUUGCCUGUGAAGGGAAGCUUCAACACAGUCACUGUGACCAACCUGGCUCCUUCUCGCAGAUACAAGUUCAAUCUUUAUGGAGUCUCAGGGCGCAAACGUUCCACCCCACUUUCCACUGAUGCCACUACAGCUCAAACCACAGAGCCCGAGAAGCCAGCUUCUUUCCAAUCCAGCCUGGGAGAACUGUCAGCGCUUGAUGUCACAAGUGAUUCUGUCCGACUCCAUUGGACUGUCCCCACCGGGAGUUUUGACUCCUUCCUGAUCCAGUACAAGGAUGCAGAUGGUCAACCCCAAGCGUUGCCUGUAGAGGGAGACUCCCGUGAAAUCACUGUGACCAACCUGGUUCCUUCGCGCAGAUACAAGUUCAAUCUCUAUGGAGUCUCAGGGCGCAAACGCUCCAACCCUAUCUCUACUUUUGCCACGACAGAUUCAGAAGAGCAAAUUCCUGUUCAGCCCAGCCUGGGGGAGUUGUCAGUCCUUGAUGUCACAAGUGAUUCUGUCCGUCUCCAUUGGACCGUCCCCACCGGGAGCUUUGACUCCUUCCUGAUCCAAUACAAGGAUGCAGAUGGCCAGCCCCAAGCUCUGCCUGUGGAGGGAGGCUCCACUGAGGUCACGGUGACCGAUCUGGCUCCUUCCCGCAGAUACAAGUUCAACCUCUACGGGGUCUCUGGGAAAAAACGUUCCAGGCCGCUCACCACCGAGGCCACCACAGUCCGCUUUGCAGACUCAGAGAAGCCAGUUCCUGUUCCACCCAGCCUAGGGGAGUUUUCCAUCCUUAAUGCCACAAGCAAUUCUGUCCAUCUUUAUUGGACAGUCCCCACUGGGAGUUUUGACUCCUUCUUGAUCCAAUACAAGGAUGCAGAUGGCCAACCUCAAGCUUUGCCAGUUGAGGGAGGAUCUCAUGAAGUUACUGUGACCGGCCUGGCUCCUUCUCACAGAUACAAGUUCAACCUCUACGGAGUCUCUGGGCACAAGCGCUCCAGCCCCCUCUCCACUGAUGCCACUACAGUUCACUUGGCAGACUCUGAGGAACCAGUUCCUACCCAACUUAGCCUGGGGAAGUUUUCAGUUGUUGAUGUCACAAGUAAUUCUGUCCGACUCCAUUGGACUGUCCCCAGAGGGACUUUUGAUUCCUUCUUGAUCCAGUACAAGGAUGCAGAUGGACAACCUCAAGAGUUGCCCCUAGAAGGAGACUCCAAUCAAGUCACAGUGACCAACUUGGCUCCUUCCCACAUAUACAAGUUCAACCUCUAUGGAAUCUCUGGGCACCAACGCUCCAGCCCCCUCUCCACAGAUGCCUCCACAGCCCGCCUUAUAGACAUAGAGGAGCCAAUUCCUGUCCAAUCCAGCCUAGGAGAGUUUUCCGUCCUUGAUGUCACGAGUGAUUCUGUCCGUCUCCAGUGGACCGUCCCCACUGGGAGAUUUGACUCCUUCUUAGUCCAGUACAAAGAUGCAGAUGGCCAACCUCAAGCGUUACCUGUGGAGGGAGGCUCCCGUGAAGUCACGGUGCCCAACCUGGCUCCUUCUCACAGAUACAAGUUCAACCUCUAUGGGGUCUCCGGGCGCAAACGCUCCGGGCCCCUCUCCACUCACGCCACCACAGCCCACCUUCCAGAUUCAGAGGAGACAAAUCCUGUCCCAACCAGCCUGGGCGAGUUCUCAGUCCUUGAGGUCACAAGCGAUUCUGUUCGUCUCUAUUGGACCGUCCCCACUGGGAGUUUUGACUCCUUCCUGAUCCAGUACAAGGAUGCAGAUGGCCAACCCCAAGUGUUGCCUAUAGAGGGAGACUCCCGUGAAGUCACAGUGACCAACCUGGCUCCUUCUCGCAGAUACAAGUUCAAUCUUUAUGGAAUCUCUGGACGCAAACGCUCCAGCCCCCUCUCCACUGAUGCUACCACAGAUUCAAAGGAGGCAAUUCCUGUCCUACCUAGCCUAGGAGAUUUCACAGUUAUUGAUGUCACAAGUGAUUCUGUCCGUCUCCAUUGGACCGUCCCCACUGGGACCUUUGACUCCUUCCUCAUCCAAUAUAAGGAUGCAGAUGGCCAACCGCAAGUGUUGCCUGUGGAGGGAAACUCCCAUGAAGUCACAGUGACCAACUUGGUUCCUUCACGCAGAUACAAGUUCAACCUCUAUGGGGUCUCUGGGCGCAAACGCUCCAGCCCCCUCUCUACUGAUGUCACCACAGCCCGUCUUACAGACUCAGAGAAGCCAAUUCCUGCCCAUCCCAGCCUAGGCGAGUUUUCCGUCCUUGAUGUCACGAGUGAUUCUGUCCGUCUCCAUUGGACCGUCCCCACUGGGACCUUUGAUUCCUUCCUGGUCCAGUACAAGGAUGCAGAUGGCCAACCUCAAGCGUUACCUGUGGAGGGAGACUCCCGUGAAGUCACAGUGACUGAGCUGGUUCCUUCACACAGAUACAAAUUCAAUCUCUACGGAGUCUCUGGGCGUAAACGCUCCAGCCCUCUCUCUACUGAUGCCACCACAGUUUCAAAGGAGGCUACCACUGUCCAACCCAGCCUAGGAGAAUUCUCCGUCCUUGACGUCACAAGCGAUUCUGUCCGUCUCCAUUGGACCGUCCCCACUGGGAACUUUGAUUCCUUCCUGGUCCAGUACAAGGAUGCAGAUGGCCAAUCCCAAGCAUUGCCUGUGGAGGGAGUCUUCAAUGAAGUCACAGUGACUGACUUGGUUCCUUCACGCAGAUACAAGUUCAACCUCUAUGGAGUCUCUGGGCGCAAACGUUCCAGGCCCCUCUCCACUGAUGCCACCACAGCUCACCUUACCCAUUCAAAGGAGGAAAUUUCUAUCCAACCCAGCCUGGCGGAGUUCUCCGUCCUGGACGUCACAAGCGAUUCUGUCCAUCUCCAUUGGACCGUCCCCACUGGGAACUUUGACUCCUUCCUGGUCCAGUACAAGGAUGCAGAUGGCCAACCUCAAGCGUUACCUGUAGAAGGAAAUUCUCGAGAAGUCACCGUGACCAACCUGGUUCCUUCACGCAGAUACAAGUUCAACCUCUAUGGAAUCUCGGGGCGUAAACGCUCCCGGCCCCUCUCUACCGAUGCUACCACAGCCCAUCUUACAGGUCCAGAGGACACAAGUCCUCUUCAAUCUAGUCUUGGGGAGUUGUCAGUCCUUGACGUCACAAGUGAUUCCGUCCGACUCCAUUGGACCGUCCCCACCGGGAGCUUUGAUUCCUUCUUAAUCCAGUACAAGGAUGCAGAUGGUCAACCCCAAUCGUUGCCUGUAGAGGGAGACUCCCGUGAAGUCACUGUGAUCAACCUGGUUCCUUCACACAGAUACAAGUUCAACCUCUACGGAGUUUUUGGGCGCAAACGUUCCACCCCGCUUUCCACUGAUGCCACCACAGCCCACAUUAGAGACACAGGGGAACCAAUUCCUGUUCAACCCAGCCUAGGAGAUUUCUCCAUCCUUGAUGUCACGAGUGAUUCUGUCCGACUCCAUUGGACCGUCUCCACUGGGAGUUUUGACUCUUUCCUGAUCAAUUACAAGGAUGCAGAUGGCCAAGCUAAAGCAUUACCUGUGGAGGGAGACUCCCGUGAAGUCACAGUGACCGAGCUGGUUCCUUCACGCACAUACAAGUUCAAUCUCUAUGGAGUCUCUGGGCACAAACGCUCCAGCCCUCUUUCCACUGAUGCCACCACAGUGCACCUUCCAGAUUCAGAGCAGCCAAUUCCUGUCCAACCCAGCCUGGGGCAGUUCUCAGUUGUGGAUGUCACAAGCGACUCUGUCCGACUCCAUUGGACCAUCCCCACUGGGAGCUUUGACUCCUUCCUGAUCCAGUACAAGGAUGAAGAUGGUCAACCCCAAAUGUUGCCUGUGGAGGGAGGCGCCAAUGAAGUCACUGUGACCAACCUGGCUCCUUCUCAUAGAUACAAGUUCAACCUCUACGGAGUCUCUGGGCACAAGCGGUCCAGCCCCCUCUCCACAGAUGCCUCCACAGCUCAAAUCACAGAGGAGGCAAUUCCCAUCCAACCCAGCCUAGGGGAGUUCUCUGUCCUUGAGGUGACAAGUGAUUCUGUUCGACUCCAUUGGACCAUCCCCACUGGGAGCUUUGAUUCCUUCCUGGUCCAGUACAAGGAUGCAGAUGGCCAACCUCAAGCGUUACCUGUGGAGGGAGGCUCCACUGAGGUCACAGUGCCCAACCUGGCUCCUUCUCGCAGAUACAAGUUCAACCUCUAUGGGGUCUCCGGGCGCAAACGCUCCAGGCCCCUCUCCACUGACGCCACCACAGCCCACCUUCCAGAUUCGGAGGAGACAAAUCCUGUCCAAACCAGCCUGGGCGAGUUCUCAGUCCUUGAGGUCACAAGCGAUUCUGUCCGUCUCCAUUGGACCGUCCCCACUGGGAGCUUUGACUCCUUCCUGAUCCAGUACAAGGAUGCAGAUGGCCAAUCCCAAGCAUUGCCUGUGGAGGGAAGCUUCAGUGAAGUCACAGUGACCAACCUGGCUCCUUCUCACAGAUACAAGUUCAAUCUUUAUGGAAUCUCUGGGCACAAACGCUCCAGCCCCCUCUCCACCGAUGCCACCACAGCCCAUACUACAGACAUAGAGGAGCCAAUUCCUGUUCAGCCCAGUCUAGGGGAGUUCUCCGUCCUUGAUGUCAGAAGCGAUUCUGUCCAUCUCCAUUGGACCGUCCCCACUGGGAGAUUUGACUCCUUCCUAGUCCAGUACAAAGAUGCAGAUGGCCAACCUCAAGCAUUACCUGUGGAGGGAGACUCCCGUGAAGCCACAGUGACCGACCUGGCACCUUCCCGCAAAUACAAGUUCAACCUCUAUGGAGUCUCAGGACGUAAACGCUCCAAGCCCCUCUCUACCGAUGCCACCACAGCUCGCCUUACAGACAUAGAGGAGCCGAUUCCUGCCCAACCCAGCCUAGGAGAGUUUUCCAUCCUUGAUAUCACGAGUGAUUCUGUCCGACUCCAUUGGACUGUCUCCACUGGGAGGUUUGACUCCUUCCUGGUCCAGUACAAGGAUGCAGAUGGCCAACCUCAAGCGUUACCUGUGGAGGGAGACUCCACUGAGGUCACAUUGACUGACCUGGCUCCAUCCCGCAGAUACAAGUUCAACCUCUAUGGUGUUUCCGGGCGCAAACGCUCCAGGCCCCUUUCCACAGAUGCCACCACAGCUCCUAUUCCAGAUGGUGAGACAGCAGUUCCUGUUCAACCCAGCCUGGGGGAAUUCUCCGUGUUUGAUGUCACAAGUGAUUCUGUCCGUCUCUAUUGGACCGUUUCCACCGGGAGAUUUGACUCCUUCUUGAUCCAGUACAAGGAUGCAGAUGGUCAACCCCAAAUGUUGCCUGUGGAGGGAGGUUCCCGUGAAGUCACCGUGACCAAGCUGGCUCCUUCUCGCAGAUACAAGUUCAACCUCUAUGGAGUUUUGGGGCGCAAACGUUCCACCCCACUUUCCAUUGAUGCCACCACAGCCCACAUUAGAGACACAGGGGAGCCAAUUCCUGUCCAACCCAGCCUAGGAGACUUCUCAGUCCUUGAGGUGACGAGUGAUUCUGUCCGACUCCAUUGGACCGUCCCCACCGGGAGCUUUGACUCCUUCCUGAUCCAGUACAAGGAUGCAGAUGGUCAACCCCAAGCGUUGCCUGUGGAAGGAAACCUCAAUGAAGCCACAGUGACCAACCUGGCUCCUUUACGUAGAUACAAGUUCAACCUCUAUGGAGUCUCUGGACGCAAGCGCUCCGGCCCCCUGUCCACCGAUGCCACCACAGCUCAAAUCACAGAUUCAGAAGAGGCAAUUCCCGUCCAACCAACCUUGGGAGAGUUAUCCGUUCUGGACAUCACUAGCAAUUCUGUCCGUCUCCAUUGGACCGUCCCCGCUGGGACCUUUGACUCCUUCCUGGUCCAGUACAAGGAUGCAGAUGGUCAACCCCAAGUGUUGCCUGUGGAGGGAGGUUCCCGUGAGGUCACCGUGUCCAAUCUGGCUCCUUCCCACCGAUAUAAGUUCCUCCUCUACGGGGUCUCUGGACGCAAAAAGACCAGCGUCCUCUCUGCUGAUGCCUUUACAGACCCAUCUUCAAAGGCAGAAGAUGCAAUUCAUGUCCAACCUAGACUUGGGGAGCUCUCCAUCCUUGACGUCACAAGCGAUUCUGUUCGUCUCCAUUGGACUGUCCCCACCGGGAGCUUUGACUCCUUCCUGAUCCAAUACAAGGAUGCAGAUGACAAACCUCAAGCGUUACCUGUGGAGGGAGACUCCCGUGAAGUCACAGUGACCGAAUUGGUUCCUUCACGCACAUACAAGUUCAAUCUCUAUGGAGUCUCUGGGCACAAACGCUCCAGCCCUCUCUCCAUUGAGGCCACCACAGCGCACCUUCCAGAUUCAGAGCAGCCAAUUCCUGUCCAACCCAGCCUGGGACAGUUCUCAGUUGUGGAUGUCACAAGCAACUCUGUCCGACUCCAUUGGACCGUCCCCACUGGGAGCUUUGACUCCUUCCUGAUCCAGUACAAGGAUGCAGAAGGCCAAGCCCAAAUGUUGCCUGUGGAGGGAAACUCCCAUGAAGUCACAGUGACCAACCUGGUUCCUUCACGCAGAUACAAGUUCAACCUCUAUGGGGUCUCUGGGCGCAAACGCUCCAGCCCCCUCUCUACUGAUGCCACCACAGCUCGCCUUACAGAGUCAGAGGACCCAAUUCCUGUCCAACCCAGCCUAGGAGAUUUCACGGUUCUUGAUGUCACGAGUGAUUCUGUCCGUCUCCAUUGGACCGUCCCCACUGGGACCUUUGAUUCCUUCCUGGUCCAGUACAAGGAUGCAGAUGGCCAACCUCAAGCAUUACCUGUGGAGGGAAACUCCCGUGAAGUCACAGUGACCGAGCUGGUUCCUUCACGCAGAUACAAGUUCAACCUCUAUGGGGUGUCCGGGCGCAAACGCUCCGGGCCCCUCUCCACUGAUGCCACCACCACAGCACACCUUACAGAUUCGGAGGAGACCAAUCCUGCCCAACCCAGCCUGGGCGAGUUCUCAGUCCUUGACAUCACAAGCGAUUCUGUCCAUCUCUAUUGGACUGUCCCCUCUGGGAGUUUUGACUCCUUCCUGAUCCAGUACAAGGAUGCAGAUGGCCAACCCCAAGCAUUGCCUGUGGAGGGAGGGUCCCAUGAAGUCACAGUGACCAACCUGGCUCCUUCUCGCAGAUACAAGUUCAAUCUUUAUGGAAUCUCUGGGCGCAAACGCUCCAGCCCCCUCUCCACCGAUGCCACCACAGCCCCGUUAGCCAUGACACCACCAGUUCAGCCCAGCUUGGGAGAGCUUUCUGUUUCCAACCUUACCCACAAUUCUGCGCUUCUCUCCUGGACUGUCCACGCUGGGAAUUUUGAUUCUUUUAUGAUCCAGUACAAGGACGUGGAUGGCAAGCUCCAAGCCAUCCCCGUGGAAGGGAACUCUUACGAAGUCCUCAUCCCCAAGCUGGUUCCUGGCCGAAGAUAUAAGUUUAAUCUCUACGGAGUCUCCGGUCGCAAGCGUUUGGGCCCCGUUUCAGUUGAUGCCAUCACAGCUCCAGAUCGACAGGACCCCGUGAUUCCUCCCAGCCUAGGAGAGGUCUCCGCUUCAGAGAUCACCAGCAGUUCUGUCCGUCUCUCCUGGACUGUCCUCCAGGGGCGCUUUGACUCUUUUGCCAUUCAAUAUAAGGGUGCCGAGGGCCAGCCCCAAGCAGUUCCGGUGGAAGGAGACCUGCGUGAGAUGACCAUCCCCAACCUCGCUCCCUCCCGCAAAUACAAGUUCAACCUUUAUGGACUUUCUGGUCGCAAGCGCAUGGGCCCCGUUUCUGUUGACGCCAUCACAGCAUCCACCACAAAGAAGGAAGUAACACCAAAGCCCUCUUUAGGAGAACUCUCCAUCUCUGAGGUCAGCCGCAACUCUGUUCUUCUCUCUUGGACUGUCUCUGUGGGGAGCUUUGACUCCUUCCUGCUCCAAUAUAAAGAUGAGGAGGGCAGAAUCCAAACCCUACCCGUGGGGGGAGAUUCGCAUGAAGUCACCGUUUUGAACCUGACUCCAUCCCACAAGUACAAGUUCAACCUUUAUGGAAUUUCUGGUCAAAAACGUAUUGGUCCUAUUUCUUCUGAAGCCACUACAGCUGAACCAGAGGAGAAGAAGGAAGAAGACAAAGAUGGGGAGAAUCAGCCUAGCUUGGGGAAACUCUCCAUCUUUGAAACCACCAGCAAUUCUCUUCGCCUUUCCUGGAGUGUCCCAACGGGGAGCUUUGACUCCUUCCUGAUUCAGUAUGAAGACGGAGCUCUGCAGAGCUUGCCUGUGGAUGGGGCUUCCCGUGAAACACUGGUCUCCAACCUGACUCCAUCUCACAAUUACCAGUUUGACCUCUACGGCAUCUCUGGUGGCAAACGCCUGGGCCCAAUCUCCGCUGAGGCCUUAACAGCUCCACCCUCUCCAAGUCAGGACAGAGAGGAGAGCGGAUCUCCAGGGCCAUCUCCAAAUCCCAGUUUUGGGGAUCUCUCUGUGUCUGAUGUUACCAGCAACUCAGUCCGCCUCUCUUGGAACGUCCCAGCUGAGACUUUUGACUCCUUCCAGAUCCAAUACAAAGAUGCUGAAAACAAACCACAAAUGAUCCCUGUGGACAAGGAAACCAACACCAUUGUGAUCUAUUACCUGGUACCUUCCCAUAGGUACAAGUUCCAUCUGUACGGCAUCUCUGGACGUAGGCGUUUUGGACCAAUCACCGUCAGCGCCAUCACGAUACCAGGGGACAAUGGAGAUGGGGACCAGGAGGUCUCUGGUGGAAUAAGCCCUCGCUUGGGCGGACUUUCCGUCUCAGAGGUCACCAGUCAUUCGGCCCGGCUAUCCUGGACCGUCCCAGAGGGAAGCUUUGAUGCUUUCUCAGUCCAGUACAAAGAUGCUGAAGGAAGACCCCAAGCGCUCCCUUUAAGAGAAGACUCCCGUGAAGUCAUUGUUUCAAAUCUAUCACCUUCUCACAAGUACAAAUUCAAUCUUUAUGGUAUCUUUGGAAAACAGCGUCUCGGACCAAUCUCUGCCCAAGCGGUCACAACAGCUGCAGAAACAUCUGGGCAGGUUGAAGAAAAGAAACAACCGGAGGAAAGUACAGGCAAGAGCACCCAGCCCAACCUUGGAAAUGUCACUGUCUCUGAAGUCACUCCUGAUUCCCUUCUGCUCUCCUGGAAUGUCCAGGAAGGAAAUUUUGACUCUUUCAUCAUCCAGUACAAGGAUGCUGCAGGCAAGCCCCAGGCGGUACCUGUUGAUGGAUCCAUGCGCUCCCUCCAUCUCUACAACCUCACACCUUCACAGACGUAUGAAUUUGACGUAUUUGGAGUUUCUGGCUACAAGCAUCUUGGGCCUCUCUCCAUUCACACCAUGACAGAGAUAUCCGAAGGAGAAAGGACCGUUCAGCCCCAGCUAGGAGAUCUCUCCGUCUCUCGGGUCACGAAUGACUCGGUGGCUUUGUUCUGGACAGUGGCUGCUGGAAAUUUUGAUUCUUUCUUGCUCCAAUACAAGGACUCUGAGGGCAAGCCCCAAGUCCUGCCCCUAAAUGGCACUUCGCGGGGCAUCGCCAUCACCAGCCUGACUCCUUCUCACAGAUACAAGUUCAAUCUGUAUGGCCUGAACGGGCGCAAACGCCUCGGCCCCGUUUCUACCAAUGUUGUCACAGGCCAAGGCACCCAACCCCUUAAGCUGGGAACGUUGUCCGCGCACAACAUCACAUCGGAAUCCCUCCUCCUGUCUUGGACUGUGGAAUCUGGGAAUUUUGACUCUUUUAUCAUCCAGUACCGGGAUGCGGCAGGCAAAUCCCACGCAUUGCCUGUAGACGGAGGAUUGCGACUGCUGCGGUUCCAUGACUUGGUCCCUUCGCACCGAUACAAGUUCAACCUUUACGGGGUCUCCGGUCGCAAGCGUCUCGGCCCCAUACCUGUGGAGGCUGUUACAGUCUCCAAACCUUCAGGACUGCAAGUUGCUCCUCAACCCAAGCUGGGGAAACUCUUCGCUUCCAACAUCUCUGACACAUCUCUCCGUCUGACCUGGCGGGUCCUGACUGGAAAAUUUGAAUCGUUCAGCAUUGAGUACAGAGACGCAGAAGGCAAAACCCAGGUGUCGUCUGUAGACACCAACGCCCGGGAUGUGGUCAUUUCGAACUUGGUGCCCUCCCACAGAUAUAAGUUCAACCUCUACGGCAUCUCUCAACAGAAACGGUUCGGUCCCGUCUCUACUGAAGUGGUCACAGCUCAAGUGAAGGACUCGGAGGCAAAACCCAAACUGGGCGAUCUCUCCAUCUCCGGAGUCACCAAUGAUUCUGUCCGUCUUUCGUGGACCGUCUCGUCCGGGAGAUUUGACUCUUUUCUUAUCCGAUACAAAGACGCCCAAGGGAAACCUCAAAACGUGCCUGUUGGCGUGGACUCUCAGACAGUUUUCAUCUCUAACUUAAUACCGUCUCACAAAUACAAGUUCAGCCUUUACGGCAUCUCUGGGAAGAAACAGUUUGGACCUGUUUCAAUUGAUGCUGUCACAGCAGCUUUUUCGGAAAGCGCCAGCAGUCCAGCCCCCUGGCUCAGUCCUCUUGUGGUCUCUGAAGUGACCUCUACAACUCUGCAGCUCAGCUGGGAUGUCCCAGAGGGGGAGUUUGACUUCUUCAUCGUGAGGUGGAAGGACAAUUUGGGCAACGGCCAAACACCUGUCCCAGGCAAAGAAGUUAAAGUGCCUGGGGACAAACGCUCCGUCACUCUCCAAGGACUCGCACCCAGUACCGAAUACAGCCUGACAGUCUAUGGCAUCAAAGAUGAGUCAGAGGUGGCUGAUAUCAACACUGGAGCAAAGACAAGCGGGCUAGAGCUGGAUGGUCCCCAGGACUUGCGGUUCAGUGACAUUCACGAGACCUCUGUGGUAACCAACUGGAGCCCUCCGUCUUCUCGCAUCGACGGCUACAAAGUUUCUUUCCAGCCCUCAGAUGGGGGGGAGCCCAAGAGCAUUUCAGUGGAUGGAUCUGAACUCAGGGCCCUCAUUGAGGGUCUGACUCCUGGGGCCAGCUAUGAGGUCGCUGUAAUGUCUAUACGUGGGUUUGAAGAGAGUGAGCCACUGGUGGGCUAUGUCACCACAGUGCCAGAUGGUCCUUCCGAUUUGCGGGCUGUCAAUGUAACCGAUACCUCGGCUGUGCUGACGUGGCAUCCUGCUGUGGCUGAGAUGAACAACUACAUUGUCACGUAUGGACCUAUCACCAGCACUGGCUCACAGGUCUCUGAAUCAGUACCAGGAAAUCGUGUCCAGCUUCAGCUGUCAGAGCUGCAAAGGGACAUGGAAUAUUGGGCCAAUGUCUAUGGAGAAAAGGAAGGAAACCGAAGUUCUCCCAUCAGCGCUUCUUUCACUACUGGAGCAGAUGGGCCCCGGGACCUGCAUGCUACCGAAAUUUCACCUCGCAGUGCGCAUCUCAUCUGGUCAUCCCCCAGGGCUUCCCCUGAGGGGUAUCUGUUGAGUUAUGAGACCCCUGAUGGACAAUCAAAGGAGAUCCCUCUGGAUGCUUCCGUCACCUCAUACGAACUUCAGGAUCUGAUUCCUUCCAGCCGGUACCAGGUCCAAGUCCAGGCAAUGAAGAGGGACACUCCAACAGCUCCCAUAUCCACUUCUUUCACCACUGGGCACCUGACGUACCCCUUCCCUCGGGAUUGCUCGGAAGAAAUCCAGAAUGGGCCAGGACCUUCACGAGUAACAACAAUUUAUCUAGGGGGCAACCGGGAACGUCCCUUGAAGGUGUUCUGUGACAUGGAGACAGAUGGGGGAGGCUGGAUUGUCUUUCAACGUCGGAUGAACGGUGAGACGGAUUUCUGGCGAGACUGGCAAAAUUAUGCUCUUGGUUUUGGCAACCUCACCCGGGAAUUUUGGCUAGGAAAUGACGCUCUGCACCAGCUGACAUCUUCAGGGGACUACGAGCUACGCGUGGAUCUCCGUGCCAGGGAUGAGUCCGUCUACGCCACCUAUCAGAGCUUCCGUGUGGACCCACCCGCUGACUAUUACCGCCUGCAUCUGGGCAGUUACCGUGGCACAGCGGGUGAUGCCUUGAGCUACCACUCAGGGAGCGUUUUCUCCACUCGGGACCGGGACCCAAAUCGAGUCAUCAUCCCCUGUGCCAUCUCUUACCGUGGGGCAUGGUGGUAUCGCAACUGCCACUACACCAACCUCAAUGGGCUCUACGCUAACAACCGUGAUCACCAGGGUGUCAACUGGUUUAACUGGAAAGGAUUCGAGUUUUCCAUUCCUUUCACUGAGAUGAAACUGCGGCCUAGCAGCUUCCGCCCGCUGCAGCGGUCGUGAAUGGGAUGCAGGAUAGACUAAGGGAGAAAGCCGCGGAGGGAAAGCAGCGACAACAGCAGAAAAUCCCAGCAAUGACCCCUUUGCAACAGGAUACCUCACAUCCGGCCUCUGUUCUGCUUCUCUGGCCCAUCCUGAGGGGAAAAAAAAAGGAAUGCAUAGAAACCAAGGGGGAAAAAAAGACCUUUGGAGACUUGAGAAGACCCACCUCAGUCCAAAGGAAGAGAGAUUGUUCAGAAACAGAGUCUGAGAGGAAAAAAGCAAUUAAUCUGACUACAGGCAGUCCUCCCCCCACUUAGGACCACAGCUGGAACCAAAAUCUUUUUAUUACCAAGCAAGGUGAUUGUUAAGUGGGUCGCAGCCAGUUUUACGACCUUUUUUUUGGGCCAUGUUUGUGAAGUGAAUGAACGCAGCCACAAGCCGAAUCGUGCAGUCGUUAAGCAAAUCUGAUUCGCCCUGUUGGCUUCGCUUGUGGGAAGGCCGCAAACAGUGAUUAUAGGAGCCUGGCCCGCUGCGACCGUCAUAAAUAACAUGCCGGUCAUGCCUAGCUCCUGAAUUUCGAUCCCAUGACUGUGGUACGAGAACUGGUUGUAAAUCACUUUUUGGGGGGCCCUCGUAACUUUUUGAAUGGUCAUUAAAUGAAUGGUUGUAAUUGGAGGAGCACCUGUGAUUUCUUUUUCUUUUUUUUUUAAGGAGAGCUUUCAAGAGAGCAAAGAAAUCAGGUUGGCCAGCAAAAUUUCGGCCACCAAGACCCGGUGUCCUUCCCUUCCCUUGGUUCCUGGGUCUGGGGCUCCAUUAGUUUGCAGCAGGCAAGGCUUGAUUCUAACCCAAAGUCUCUCCUCCUUGACUCCUUUUGUUCCUCACCAGCUAAAAACUUUAGACCUUCCCUCUCUGGACUUAGUCUCAGUUCAGACCCUAUUUUCUUCCUCCUGCCAAUGUUAUUCAAAAUGGAGUUAAGCUACUUAAACAUAAGUAGUUGGUGAGCGCAGCUUGACAUAAAAGCACUUUUAACGUGUGUUUGGUUUUUAAUUCCUUGGGGAAGCCUUGGGAAGUCAAGGUAUAGCUCGUUCUUUCCCCUGUAAGCUUUUUGCUUCUUGCUCCAUAGGCUUUUCCAUCUAAAGGCAACGGAUCACUGAAAGGCAGAGGAACCAAAACUGAGAAAGAUUGCAGAGUGGGAAAAGAACUGAAGGAAAUUGAAAAGUCCUCAGAUUCAUUCUUGUCACAAUAAUAAUACCCUGAAAAAUCAAUAGGCCCGUUUCUUAAUUUUGUACACUUCCUCUCUUUUUCUUAUACUAGGUUUCAGGGAUCAAAUAGCACGUAGACUUAUAUUCCGCUUCAUACUGCUUUAAAGCCCUCUCUAAGUGGUUUACAGAGUCAGCAUAUUCUCCCCAACACUCUGGGUCCUCGUUUUACUAACCUCAGAAGGAUGGAAGGCUGAGUCCCCCUUGAGCUGGUCAGAAUCAAAUUCCUGGCAGUGAGCAGUGAGUUAGCCUGCAAUACUGCAUUCUAACAACUGGGCCACCAAUGCUCUUAAAUCAGGAUGACUUCUUACUUAAAAACUGAGCUUCUAUUUACAUAAAUGUUUUCAAGAAAUUCCGGCACAUAGAAGUCUAGCAUUUUAAGAUGGCAAGGCCAAAUCUUUUCUUCUUUGCUCUCAACUUUCUCUAAGGUAGAGGAUUUGUUUUAAAAGUCCGGUCCAAAUCGAAGUAGACUCUUUCAGAAAAAAAAAAAAAGAGAAAUUUCCUGCCUUUUAGCAGUACAUAAAACCUUUUGAUGGGGCACCUUAUAGGGAAUAAUUGUAUUACUAGCUUUAAAAUUGUAAGGUGCUUGCUAUCCCAGUGAUUCUUAAACUGAGGAUAGUUACUCCAAAGCUGAUAAUUUGGGCAUAUUCUUGGCGUUAAUGGAGCAACUUGUAAAUACUGUUUGAAAGUUGAGGAUCCAGUUUGGAAUUGCUACUGCUAAAACACUUGUGCAAAAACAACAGAGUCAGUUUUUGGGGGGGAGGAAUAAUGACAUUAUUCAAGAUUAGGAAAAGUAUUUGGGCCAAACAGUUUUAAGAACCACUGUUCCUUUCCUAACCUGGGUGCCUUUGUGGAUUGGACUAAAUCCAUCCAGAAUUAAGAGAAAUAUAGCUGAUAUAACUGGAGUUGGAGAAAAUCUGGGGCGAGUAUUAGGAUUAGCCAGAAUAUGCAGGCUAAAAUCAAAGAGGGGCAAAUGCAAUCCAGUUGUGGGAACGACUCGCCAAUUGAGCUGUCUUCUAAGCCAAAUGGGGACCAAAUAUAUUUGGUCCAUUUCUUGAAUCCCUUUAGUGGACCAGACAGGCUUCCUUUGAAAGAUUAAAAGAGAUCAAAACGAGCAUACUUUUUAAUGAUUAAUUUACUAAUAAGCUAAUACAAUCAACAGAUUUCGAAGACAGAAUUCCCAGAUUUGUUUAAACGCCAAAUGCCAACAGUCCUGAUUGUACCAAUAGAAAGAGAAUAUGUGUAGCUCAGGAUGGAGCUGUGGGCUCCUUGGUGCUCUCUGAGCUUGCUUGUUUUCUUGCAGACAUUUCGUGACCAAAGGAGGUAACAUCAACUAGCACUGAUUACCUACAGUAGUUUAGAUUACCUAGGUCAGGGGUAGGCAACCUUGGCUCUUUUAUGACUCAUGGACUUCAACUCCCAGAAUUCCUGAGCCAGCCAUGAUGAGGGGAAAGGGAGAGGUUUCCAAGCUGAGCCAUGCUGGCUCAGGAAUUCUGGAGCUGAAGUCCACAAGUCAUAAAAGAGCCAAGGUUGCCUACCCGUGACCUGGGUCAUUACCUAGUUUGGUAAGGAAACAUCUGCAAGAAACAACAACAAGCACCAAGAACCACAGAAUCCUAAUUGUAACCAGACAAUGCUAGGAUUAUAACUUGGAAAAUGGGAAUGCUGAUAAAACCCUAACAUUCUAUCUCCCGAUUUUUUCCUUUUUUCCAAAUAGCUUUAACUAAUUAGACUUCCCUGCAAAUCAUCCCAACUAGUCAUUACAUUACAGAGCGGUUCUUUUUCUUCACUGGAAAUGUGGAAAUGUUAACGGUUGGUCAAAGAACCAAAUGUUUGAACUGAACAUGGCAUUCUUAUCCACCUAUCAAGUCCUAUCUCAGGUUCUUGGGAAGACGUCAAUAGAUGGAUGAAAAAUGCCAGAUCAAGUCUAAACAUCUGGUUGAGGAUGCAACCAGCCGCAAUUCCACUGCGAUCUGAUCAUGAAGCACAAUUGAAGACGAGUGUUAAGGUGACAAUUUCCAAGACAAAAAUGCAAGCCUGGUUCCAGGAUAGAAAUGUUGGAGAGGAAACCAGGAUCUGAAGGGGGGAGAGAGAGUUUGACCGGUGAUCCAACCUUUAAUCUGUCCAUCAUUCUCCACAAGGCCCAGCUUCACAUGGCUCAUCCAGCAAUUUUUUGGGCUAACAUUUAUGACUUGGGCAAAGGCUUUUGUUUGAACUGGUUAAAGAUGAGGCAAGCAGAUUUGUCAAUUUGGCUCAACACAAUGUGGGAGCAAAGUUGUGUUUCUUUGGGAACUUUGACACCCAUCGGGUCAAGCCACCUGAUAGUAGAAGCAAGUGGAAGCGUUCCCAAGAAGUUCUUUCUUCUUCUUCUUCUCCUUCUCCUUCUCCUUCUCCUUCUCCUUCUCCUUCUCCUUCUCCUUCUCCUUCUCCUUCUCCUUCUUCUUCUUCUUCUUCUUCUUCUUCUUCUUCUUCUUCUUCUUCUCCUCCUCCUCCUCCUCCUCCUCCUCCUCCUCCUCCUCCUCCUCCUCCUCCUCCUCCUCCUUCUUCUUCUUCCAGGAUUAUCAAGGGAAUGUUGCACUCAGAAAGGGUCUUUACAACUUGAGGCAGGGCAGGAUAUUUGCACAAACUGGGUGGGAGGGAAAGGCAAGCUGUAAAGUAUUGUUUCUUUAUGAGGGGGUAGAAUAAAACCCUUCUAUAAGAGUUAUUUUUUAGAUCGCGGUGAAAAAAACCUAAAGUUUAAAAUAAAAAUCAAAUAUUAAAAAAUCGGA